CAGUCCAUAUCGUCAUAGUUCAUGGUUCCAAGAGGCUGGUCGGCGGUCGCCAUUUUUUUUUUUAUUGCCGCAGUCACUAACAGCGACAUUUUUUUACCCACCACGUUAUUUUUCACUCAUCGCUAGUACAUUAUAAUAUAAAACUAUAUUAUCUUAGUCCGUGUUGUUGACUGUUGUUUGCCUGUGGCGGUAGCGUUUGUCUCAGGCGUGUGAGUGACGCUGUACAUUAUUCUUUCCGGUUUGCCGAACCAACCUAACCUUAUUCGUUUCGAAUAUUGUUGACGGCAUUUUCAUCGCGAAAUUACAUUUCACUGUCGCCGCGUUUUCCUCGUCACAGACAUCACAUUGUUCUUCUGAUUAACAAGUACCGUAUUAUAACACACAGAAAAAAUGGCAGGAAACAAAGGAGAUGCCCCCGAACACAUUAAUCUUAAAGUUCUUAGUCCAGACAACAAUGUCAUUAACUUCAAGAUGAGAAUCCAUACUCCGUUUAAGAAAUUAAUGAACGCAUACUGUGGGAGAACUGGUAUGGAUAAGACCACUACAAGAUUCCGCUAUGAUGGAGAAAGGUUCAAUGAAACCGACACCCCGUAUUCAACUAGGAUGAAAGAAGGGGAUACAAUUGAAGUCUACCUAGAACAAACUGGUGGUUGCUUUUAUUUUAACGAUUAUUAACUACUUACAUUUUAUAAAUAAGUUAAAAUUUUAUUUAUAAAUCAACAUUUUAUGUAUAUCAUAUUAGUUUUUGAAACCUUAAUACUAAACAUUGUCUUUUUAUCUAUUCUGGCCAUAUUAAUAACAUUUUUAAAAAUGCAAAAUAUAAUUAUAAUUAUAAUCAACUUGAACAAUAUCAAGAAUUUAACUACAUUAAACA